AUGAUUUUUGACUACGGGAUUUUCUUUUCAAGAAAGGUUUCUGUUUGCCUGUAUGAGGGACAUAUGCUAGUGGGAAACAAAGCUACCUUUUCAGCUAUCAAAAUAGAAUUCACAGAUAAAGACCAUGUAUUUCUUCACCCAAAUGCCAUGAGAAAAAGAACUUAUGUGGAAAGGGUUGCUUCAAAUCCCAGAUUGGUUUUGAGAAGCAAAGGAAAUCCAAAAGAGAAUCUGAAGCUGUAUGUGUCUCUUGUAACUAAGGGAAAGUACAGGCCCAUUAUUCGCGGAAGCAAAGAAAAACAAAUAAUCGAGAAUGCCAUUAGAGGGAAGAAAGCAGCAUGGAGAUACAUAGCCGCAAGGGAUAUUUAUGGAUAUGACAAAUUGGCGAGCAUCCUCAAUUCCGACGUAUAUCACGAUUCAGAGACGACUCUUAAAAGAAAAAUAAUGAAUACGCUUAAAGCCUGUACUGGCGAAAAGAAUGGGGCAGACGAACGAAAAAUUGUAUGUGAUAUCCUUAAGAAUGAGAAGGGAAUUCCCAAGGAGGUAGACUUUGCCCUUAAGGUCCAUCAUGAUUUUUGCAUUAGAAGUAAAGGGAUCUUCCCACUGGGUGAAAUGGAUAGAGAGUAUGGCAAAAUGCUUGACCCGAUUCUCUGGAAUAGGCUAAAUAACGAAGUAAAAGCAUGUGGGAUAGAUCAUCCGUUCUACAACGAAGUGGUUCUAUUCAACUUGUUUGUAAAGUACAAAGACAAUAUCCUUGAAUUUGACAGGAAAGCCUUAGAGAGGGACGUGUUUCAUACAAUUAACGAAAGAGGCAUCAGAGACUUUAUUGCAGAAAGGGUGGAGAGAUUUUAUGCCUCCAGGGGAGAUCCUUCUAAUGAUAAUUAA